AUGGAGAAACAGAAAGAAAUUCUUAAAUUAUAUCAUGAUAAUCAUGAUAAGUAAAUAGAAGAAGUUUUUUAGGUUGAUUUAAACAUACCUAUACAUAAAUUUCAAACCUAAAAGUAAUUUACAGGUAAUUGGUAAUUUAGUGAUAAGAAAUCUAAAAGUUCUACAUUUUGCAUGUCUCCAUAACAAUACAAAACUAAUUGAAAUUACACUAACAUAUUGUAGAGAUUCUAACUUAUUAAAUUAAAAUCAAAUGAUUGAAUUCAUUAAUUUAUAGAAUAAGGAUGGAUUAACUCCAUUACAUAUGGCAUCCUUUAAAGGAAAUCUAGUAUAUAUAUAUAUAGAGAAUUUAUUUAGGAAAUCAUAAAGUUAUUGCUAUAAUUUGGAGCUAAUUCAGAUAUUAAAAAUAUUACUGGAUUAUCUGUUUUACAUAUGUCUGUUUAGGGUGAUCAUAUUAAGACUUGUGUAAUUAAUAUUAAUAUUUAGUUAUUUUGGAUUAAUUAAAAUAUUCCAAUUGACAUUUUAGAUAAUAAUCAUUAAACCCCUUUGAUUUGUGCUUCUUUUUUAGGCUCUUAAUUAAUGGUGAAUUUUCUAAUUCCUUGGGGUGCUAAAUUGAAUGUUUAAACAAAAGACAAAGGACAAACUGCAUUGCAUAUGGCAACCUAAUAAGGUCAUUCUCGUAUUGUGAGAAAAUUACUUAUCAAAGGAAUAGAUAGAAAAAUUAAAGAUAAAAGUGGAAAAACUGCACUUGAUUUAGCAAUUGAAUCUAGAUUUGAAUCUAUAUAAACAAUGAUAGUACAUGAUUAUAUUAAAAUAUUAGGAAAAUAAAAUGGGAAUAGCAGAGAGAUUUGGUUUAAGAUAACCAGAUUCAAAAGUAGAAAAAAACUAUAAAUCAAUGAUUAUUUAUCUCUCUCUAUAUUGCAGUUCAUUUCUUAUUACUAUUUUAUUCACUUUGCCAAGUAUCAUAUAUCUAAUAAUUUUAACAAGAAUUAGAAUCUUUUUAGGCUUGGUACAUCAGUUCAUUUAGUAUAACUCUUCUUUUGACUUGGAUUCUAGUUAAAAGAAAUCCAGGAUUCGUACCAUGCUCAAAUAAAACCUUAAUGGUAGGGUGAUUUAACAUUUAUAAGGAUCUAUUAGAUGGUUACUAAGUUGAUUAAAUCUGCCCAGAUUGUUCAGAUGUGAAACCACCUAGAUCAAGACAUUGUGAAAUUUGUUAAAAGUGUGUUAAUAAAUAUGAUCAUCAUUGUCCUUGGCUCUCUAAUUGUGUUGGUGAAAAGAAUUAGUAUGUAUUCAUAACAUUCCUAUUUACUUUAAUACUAAGCAUUGUUUUAUAAAUAGUAGUACAAUGUUAAAGUACAAUAAUAUCAAUAAUAUUAGUUUUAAACUUGAAAGAGUAGUAAAAUGAUGUUGAAUUAAAUUAUGUACUUUAAUGGAUAACAUUUUUCUAUACAAUGAUAUUUGGUUGCUUAUUUAUAUUGCCUGUGAUGUAUUAAUUAUUUGAUUUAGGUUUUUAUUUACAGUUUAAAUAUAUAAUUUAAUCAAAGGGCAAACCACUUACGAAAGAUAUUUAGAAAAACAAGGAAUAAAUAGAAAUCAGUCUAGAAAAGCUAGUGAAGAAUAAUAAUUAAAGCAAAUAAAGAGUUCCACUAGUAUAGAGACAAACGAGAGUGAAUUCAAAUUUACAUUAAAAACUUAAAAGAAACCUUUGCUUAAGGAAACUGAAUUAAUUGUAUGA